UUCACGUUCGAUUAUUUUCGGAGCUUUAUCACAAUUCACGUUCGAUUCAUUUUCGGAGCUUUAUCACAAGUUCUAUUUCAGUUCACGUUCGAUUUAUUUUCGGAGCUUUAUCACAAUUCACGUUCGAUUCAUUUUCGGAGCUUUAUCACAAGACGUUUUUGUGCGAGACUUAUACAGAAUGCCAGUAGCAAGAGUAAGACCCGCUAGGGAGUACGAUGACGUUGGCAUAAGAUGUCUGGAUAAAACUACCGGAGGGAGGCGGUGCAAGCGAACGACGAAACAUCUCAGCGGAUUGUGCCCAACCCAUUUAAAGCCAUAUGACGACACACAGAUUAGACGCCUGAUGAGACGCCGUAUUAACCUUACACCGCAUCCCAGAGAGGGCAAACGGUGCUCGGAGUGGACUCAAAAGGAAAACAGGUGCACGCGAAAGGCCACACAUGAGGAUUUGUGUACACAGCAUUGCAUGAAGGAUGAGUACGCGUAUCCAGCCACUUUGGUGCAGCAUGCAGGAUAA